AUGGUCGGUCAUGGCUACUUCAGCGAUUACCGCUUCGAUAGCAACAAACUCUUCAAGCAUGCAGAAUCCGCCAAUAACAUCAAUCGAUCAAAGUCAUACCAUAUCCAAAGCCUUCACGCGGUCACCUUUCACGUCGACGUGUAUGACCUUACCAUGGCGAAGCAACAAAGGAAAGCACUGGAGGCGAUGACACCGCAGAUGGAAAACCCGGAAUCUCUCGCAGGGGCAAGUCAGAUGGCUGGGAUCAAGCUCGUUCUGCUACAAGCAGCGUGGAGCCUGAGUAACGAGCAAGGAAUCGCUCCAGGCUACUACUGGAGGUGUCGACCACACGUCUACGCCCAGCUCUCCUCGCAGCACCUCCACUAUUACUGCGCUGACAGGCUCAUCCGCAGGCCGUUCUCGAGCUACAACAGCAGAUCCCUCAACAAGCCCUUCGACCAAUCCAACAACUCCGACGAGAUAGAACUGAGCGGCGAUGACUAUGAUGUCUCAUCUUCGGCUGUCACAUCUCCAACGUUAUCUCAUGGAAGCUUUGUGGUUCCACCAGACCCGCCUCACAAGCGCCAGGAGCUUGAUCGACACGAGCGUGUAUCACUUCGAUACAUUACUGAGGACUAG